GAACCACAUGUUUCUGAGAUUCCCAGACGUGUCUGCAAUGAGAUAGGUAUGCACUCGGAAAACGUCUGUAUCUCCGGAAUCAAAAGAGAUAGAGACCAAGGCCUUACGUAGCUUUGAAGAGAAAUGUUUUGGCUAUCGACUGGUAUUAUUUGAGAUUGGAUGCCAUAGUGUGGUUUGGGAACGGCAAGCUUUCGGAUUUUGUCUCGAAUGGAGCACCAUGGUAAACGUAAUCAGAUGCUCUGUUUUUUCAUAGGUUUACGUGUCCCACUGUCCUCUUUCGAAUGGCGAAAACCGCAGGUCUCUAGCUGUCUCCUAUCAAAAAUUAUCAGCAUUUUGCUCAUUCCUGUGGUUUUUUGAAAAAGGUAAUAAUUAUAUAUCAAUAAACUAUCAUGUAUGUAUCUAUUACUUUUAUGACUGUGUAUAUUUGAACGAACCAUUGAAUAAUCUGUUAUUCACUAAAUAAUUGUGUAUGGAAUCAUUGUCGAGUUAGUCGUGAACUAUAUUGCUGAUACAGGAAGAUUCUCUACUUCUGUCUGAUUCACUUUUGUCCCUUACACGUUUGCAGUAGCAACACACACCACACAGCUGUCACCUUUUAUGUAAGUUUAUAUACAUACAUUUUAUAUACAUACUUAUUGAUAGUUUUUUUUGCAAGACCUCUUCAAUACACAACACUCGAUCAUUUUUUCUUUUCUCUGCUUUUUCUCAGUUUUUCUAUUGCAGUAGUAUGUAGCAUCAGUCUUUUCACCAUUAACAUCAUAUAUUCUCUGUAAACAGAAUGGGUCAACUUAGAUUUUUCUUAAGUGUCUGCACUUUGUUCUUCUUGCUCAGCUUUGGCGUUGUUCUCCAUAACUAUUUUCCACAUUUUUCUCCUUCUACAGUACAAAUAUUCAACGAAAAUUUUAGCGUAGAACAAGCUCUCAGAAACAUACCAACAUGUGCCGCACACGAUCGUGCUGCUCAACGUGCUCUUCUUACCGCUCUCAAAACAUGGGCUCUUCUUGCUCGCAAGCACAAUCUGCAAUACUGGAUAUCUUAUGGAACUCUCAUUGGCUAUGUUCAACGAGGUGGCCUAUUACCACAUGAUCAUGAUGUAGAUGUGUCGAUGAUGGAACAAGACACAUCUCAACUAGUGGCACUUGCUUCUUUGAUCAAUUCGAAUUUGACAUCGUUGGAUUCGAACAUAUACAAACUUAUCGUACAUCCCCAGUGGCACAUUGUCGGAUGGUUUACUCGAUCGUAUUUUCGAUCGCAAGGUGUUAAUUUCAUCUCACCCAAUGCACGAUUCAUUCAUCAAAAGACAGCCGUUUAUGUUGAUAUUUGGCCCGUUUAUAAUUAUCAUCCUGGUCAAUCAGAAAAUUCGACAAACACAUCAUCAAUUCUCAGUGAAUAUGAUGGAAACUACGAUUGGAAAGUCUAUGCGAGAAAUUGGACUUUUCCAUUAAAUCCAUGUAAAUAUAGUGGAAUUCAGGUAUGGUGUCCAGCACAGCCCAAAGAACUUGUGGCUGCCUUUUACGGACGAAGCGCUGUAUAUAAAUCAGACACGUCAUGUGUCAAUGGCACAUGGAGAAGCAAUUAA